AUGGACCUGUGUGAACACCAGGAGAAGCACUUCCUUGUCGUAGUUGACUACUACUCUCGCUUUAUCGAAAUCCUUCACCUGCCAUCGACCACCAGCAGAAGUGUAAUCCUGAAGUUGCAGUCAGUAUUCGCACGGUUCGGAAUUCCAAAAGAAGUAGUAAGUGACAAUGGACCGCAGUUCUCAUCCAAGGACUUCAAAGACUUUAGUGAAAGUUACGGAUUUUCACACACUACGAGCAGUCCUCGAUUCCCUCAGGCCAAUGGUGAAGCUGAAAGAGCUGUCCAAACAGCUAAACGUAUCCUGAAACAGAGUGACCUCACUCUAGCCCUGUUGAACUAUCGCUCAACUCCUAUUGAAGCCACUGGAUAUAGCCCUGUUCAAUAUCUCAUGGGAAGACAACUGAGAACCAAACUUCCUUCCCUGCAGCAGAAACUGUAUCCAGGGAAAGCAGAUCCUGUACAAGUGCAAGAGUCAGACAAAGCAGCCAAGAAUGCCUACAGGUACCACUAUGACAAACGCCACUCUGCAAGACCGCUCCCAGAACAUAAGCCUGGCGACAAAGUCAAAGUAAAACUGGAUAUACAGAAAGACUGGAACUAUCCCGGUGUGGUGGAGAAAAACUGUACUACUCCACGCUCUUAUCUCGUUGCUACAUGA